UUCUGGUGGGAGGUCUCAGCUCGCCAGGGAUGCCAUAAAGGUUGCACCGCAGGGCCGUAUUCGCUUUUCAAGACAUUUGCCGAGGCUGGCCUCCUUCCAGCAAUAGCGCUAUUUACUGUUUAUUGGCGAGCGCGCCCUUUACUGCGCCGGAAGUAGCCAUAUGUUGUUUCAGCGGCCAAAUCCGCGGCGAUCACCGAUGCAGGGUUGCAAGAAGGAAAUGACCAUAUCCAAAGCCCGUUGCUAGACGUCAAGGUCUAAAAAGGCAAAUGUUUCCUCAGUUUGUGCCGGCCCUCACGCCUGUCCAAAUCUCAAUCUUCUCGCUCAAAAAUGGACCAUAUCAAGUUCUACCAGCCCGGGUCCCAGCCGUUCAAACCUCCCAUCCGUUUUAUCCCAUAUACUGGCAAUAAAACCACCAGCAGCUCAAAGCCUGUUUCCAAGUCGGUUUCCCCUACCCCAAAGCGGAAGCGCGAGCGAAAAUCCUCGAAAGCAAAGACUGCCCACCCGAUCACCCGCACGCGUCAAGAGAAGGAUCCACUUUCAAAACCUCCCAGCGUGCAAGCCUGAGAGACCUCCAUGGACGAUCCGCAAUCCUUCAGACCAGAAGCGGGCGCGCAGAGCAGGGGCCGCACAGGUACGAUCUGUGAUGACGACCCCCUUCACAGUCUCUUCUACGAUGACGACGACGAGCCCAAUACUGAUUCGCGAGCUAUCGCCGCCUUGGGCGGUGUCACCGGCAAUCGCGGCCCUCUCAAUGGAAACAAAUGCACGCAGCAGGACUAUGAAGGCUGGGGUGACGAGGAGCAUGAUCCGGUUGACGAGAUACCGGAGACCCAAUUUCCCCGUAUUGAUGACAGUGAAGAUCAAACAACACCCGCCAAUGACGGUAACCAGAUGCUCGACGAUAUAGCCCCUGCCUGGUCGAUAUCCCGGCCGCCCGGACAGCACGCCGCUGAGGUCCGGGAAUCUGAUCAGGACAUUGAGGCCCUCCGUACCCAUCCUAGCCGCUCAAGCGCUGAUCCCACUGGCCCGGUCGGCGCCUCCGGCAGCAUGCCCCGUGUGCAGGUAGAGCCAGGAGACACUUCAGAUACGCCAAUCAUAAUCACCGAUGAUGAUCCGCGCUUGGGUGAUGGCAGAACCUCGGCCGGGGUGGAUACUUCACCGUCUGAUACCUUCUCAGGAAAGGCCGCAGGGCUCUCAGGUAGCCGGGAGCUGUCUGAAGGCUCUUCAUGCCAAGUGAAGGAAGAGCUCAGCCCAGACGACGACGCGGUCCCUCCCACCAGGGCGCCCAAGCGCAAGCGUGCACAUCUAUCUUCGCAAGAGGAUAGCCAGUAUGACUGCAUUGAGUUCAUCAACAUGACCAAUGCAACUGCUGGCAAUAUUUCUCAAAGAACGAGCAACAAGCGGCCGAAGCUAGUCAGGUCGAAGUCUCUUCCCCCCACAGGAAGCUACUGCGCACCGGUGAAUCGCCGUCAGCGGGACCAAAGCAGCCAGAUCUAUGAAGAAUCGGUUCAGAUUGGAAGCAGUGCCUCCCCCGAUGUUCAGCCGCUAGGCUUCUCUCGGGCAUAUUCAUACAAGCGCCUCACCGGAUAUAUGGUUAUUGAUGGGGUCCCACAUGUUGAGGUUGCCUGGCAUCGGUCUGUGGAGCCGGCUGAAUUGUUUUCCGCUGACGAGGUGGAAGGUAUAAAGCGACGUUGUACUUUGCAAAAUGCUGGGCGACGGGGAAGGCCAUCGAAACCGCAGGGAAAGCAGGGAAAGCAGGGAAAGCAGCUGAAGCGGCGCGGCAGGCCACCAAAGUCUAAAUAGGGUUGUUGCAGGCUAAACAAAUCUUAUGCUAUCUUUCAAUAUCACAUUUUCAAUCCUUUGACAGUG